AUGGCGGCGCAUGUGCAGCACGUGGUGGUUAUCAAGUUCCAAGAGCACACCAGCGAUGACCAGAUUGCAGCCUUCUUUGCGGAUGCCUUAGAGAUGACGAAGCACAUUCCAGGCAUCACAAAAUUUGUCCAUGGACCAAACUGCAGCCCCGAGGGCCUCACGGGGGACUUCACGCACGCCUUCAUUAUGUCAUUCGAAAGCGCGGCGGCACGCGAUGGUUACCUGCCGCAUGACAAGCACGAGGAAUUCAAGGCCAAGUGGCUGCCGUCAGUGGAGAAAAUCUUCGUCAUUGACAUCUGA